UCCUCCUCUUCCAGAAAGUUCCGGGGAACUAACAGCUUGAGAGGAAUAAUCUAGCAAUGCGCCCGGUUAAUGCGACGUGUCCAUUCCCUUACUAGCAGCAUCCAACGUGGCAUAUCGCCGCUCCUUGUAAAUGAUACGACCUCUGCUUUUAGCUGAUAUUUUUUUUUCAAACAUUUGUCAGUCUUACCAGCACUUGAACUCGUCGAGACUACAAGACUUUACUGUUUGUUCGGAUGGCGGUAAAUGGUAGUAACGGUAAGGAGCAGGAAGAUGGGAAAAUGGAGGAAGGUAAAAAAGCAACAGUGUAUAUGUGGGGUUAUCUCCCUGGAGUUUCACCGGAGAAAUCACCCAUCCUGAAUCCGAUAUCGGUGAAUUAUCCAGAUGCAGAUGAUUCAUGGAAGGAUGUAUGUGGUGGUGGUUGUGGUUUCGCCAUGGCAAUAUCAGAAGGUGGAAAGCUGGUAACAUGGGGAUCGGCUGAUGAUGAAAAUCAAAGUUACGUGACAUGUGGAAAGCAUGGGCUUCCAUCCUCAAAGCUGCUGCUGGUUGGGCUCAUUGUGUUUCUGUUACAGGUAAUCCACUUUUUUCUUCUUUUUCAAGAAAAUAUACUGGCAAAAUGUUUAAGGGAUACGGGGGAACUGUAUACAUGGGGAUGGAAAGAGUGCGUUCCGCUUGGAAAAUUUCCUCGUGAUGGGGCUUCUUGGGGAGCCCUCCAGAAGGAUAAUGCUGCCAAGCAAAAUGUGUUGUCAACUGAACAAGUGAGUUCAGCGUCUUCUGAUGACAGAAGGAGCGGAGAUGAAAUUGCGAAACGAAGAAGAGUGUCACUGAAAGAAGAAAAUGAAAAUUCGGAAUAUGGAGAUGAAUAUUUCACAGUAACACCGGCUAUUGUGUCGUUGGGUCCAGGAGUAAGGAUCACCUCCGUGGCUGCUGGUGGGCGCCAUACUUUAGCCCUGUCCGAUACGGGACAGGUUUGGGGUUGGGGAUACGGAGGAGAAGGGCAGCUAGGUUUGGGAUCUCGUGUAAAAAUGGUGUCUACUCCCCAUCUCAUACCAUUUACUGAGCAACCUGCUACUGGAAAACACAGAUCCUCAGUAGUUCAUAAUGGAAGCACAAAUCUGCCAGCACAAGUUUCUAAAUUCCCUGGAAGUUAUGUGAAGGAGAUUGCUUGUGGAGGUCGGCAUAGUGCAGUAGUAACAGAUGCUGGAACACUACUUACAUUUGGCUGGGGACUUUACGGGCAGUGUGGACACGGGAGUACAAAUGAUCAGUUGAGACCAACUUGUUUACCUUCUCUAUCAGGAAUCCAAAUUGAAAGAAUUGCUGCUGGCCUAUGGCACACUAUGUGCAUCACCAUCGAUGGUCGUGUAUAUGUAUUUGGUGGGAAUCAGUUUGGACAAUUGGGUACUGGAGCUAGCGAGGGCGAGACUCUACCUAGGCUCUUGGAGGAUCCAUGUCUGGAGAGUAAGCUGGUGAAGAUGGUUUCUUGUGGUGCUCGACACAGUGCCAUUCUACUAGAGGAUGGCCAAGUAUUUUCCUGGGGUUGGAACAAGUAUGGUCAGCUUGGCGUGGGCGAUUCAAUUGAUCGUAACACCCCUACUCAAGUUCCCAUUGAAGGUUGUCGACCAAAAAUGGUGGCAUGUGGCUGGUGGCACACAUUGCUGCUAGCUGAAACACCUCUCAGAUCCUAGAUUUGUCAAACCAGUGAAAGGGGUGCAGUUUUUACAAGGAUUCUUCUCCUGGAUCAUUUCCUUCAUUUUAACUUUUAUUUUUUAAGCAAGCUUGUUAUGAUCACCAGCGACAUUUUACAAACAAUGUAUGAAACAUUCGAGCAUGCUUUCAGUUUUAACCUUUUUAGAGUUGGUUCGGAUCUAACGAAGCUUUGCAAACUGCAAGAACAAUCUCCACAUUUGUACGCAAACCAUCACUCCUUGUAAUAACCAACAUUAAUUCAAUUCUGGUAUACAAAGCUCAUCAGGUGAGAAACA